AUGCAGAAGGUACAAAGAAACCUGUCGAUACACUUUUCGACAAAAUUCUACAAGGGUAUAACUCAUGAAGAUGUACUAGAUGGGCUAAAAGAAAAGAUUAACAUUGAUGAUAUCAAUGCAAUUCAGAUAACAGAAAAGGAGUGUUUUGUAACUCUAAAAAGUGAACAAACAAAAGAACAACUAUUAAUGUCCGGUGUAACGGUAAAAAAUCGAACAGUUACAUUGUAUGAGGUCGACAAACAAAUCACGAAUGUGACAAUCAAAGAUGCCCCUAUUGAACUACCAGACACUUUCAUAACUACUAAUAUGAUGCAGUAUGGUCAGGUAGUAGCAGGCAGCAUCAAGCACGGCACUAUUAAAAAUACGUCGAUUGAAAAUGGUACACGUUACUUGCAAAUAUUAAACUGUGCACCUACUCUACCAAAUAGAACAAAAUUCGGAGAUCACGAGGUCAGAAUCUUUGCGGAUAAUAAUCGCACGCAAUGUCCAUAUUGCGGAAAAUCUGAUCACCCCUCGUACAAAUGCCUACACAAAUCCAUAAACAAAACAAUUUGUUUUAAUUGUAACAAACAAGGUCAUUUAGCCAAAGACUGUGAAAAUGAACCUGUGUGCAGAUAUUGUAAAGAAGAGGGACAUAGUAAGGAAAACUGCGAGUUACUAUCUGAAAAAAUGGUACAAAAGUAUGGUAAAUAUGCCGCAGAUAUCAAUGAAGGCAGAGAGGCUUUAAACGACGAAGACCAACGAAGCGAAACUGACAGUACGGAAGCAGGCACGCAUGACGAUCAGAUCAAUACCGUUAUUCUGGGGGCGUCUAACUGCAAGCGCAUUCAAAAGCUUCCACCAAAUAUCUUAAACGCCUCGGUCUCUGGGUCAUCCUACGAAAACGUGUCACAAUUACUCGAAUAUGCUAAGAAAAAAUUAGACGAAACUACACCUGAAAACGUAAUCGUUCAUUUAGGAACAAAUGAUGUUACCAGAUGUCAAGACGAAAUCGGGGAUUUAACCGGCAAUGUAAUGAUGGGUCUUAACAAGAUUCAGGAAACUUUCCCCGAGGCUCGAAUUGCAGUAUGCACAGUCAUACCCAGGAAAGGAAAAAGCGCCGCGAUUAAAAAAAUGAACGACAACACUUGGCAUGUGAAUAAAUUCCUUGAAAAAUUGUGUGAAAAAAAUAAAUUACUAUCAGUGAUUGACGUGUGCAGCACAUUCAUAAAUGACCAAGGGCUUGCUACUAGAGCACUGUAUGACAGCAAUGACCCCAGCGGUGUGCAUGUCAGUAGCGAAGGAGCCGAGAAAAUUGCCGAAAUUUUCGGAAAUUACAAUUGUUCCGCGAACGGUCCUCCUCGUACCCCUAGUAUUACAAAACGGAAGUUAAGCUCAAAUACCCCAACUUCAACCGAAAAGCAGGGUAAAAUCCAGAAAAUGUAA